GCAGGGUGCCGGGCCGCGAGCCAGUCUGCUGCCUGCCGGUGCCCGACGCCGGGCUGCUGCUGGUGGCGGAGGCGGGCAGAAGCCUGGUGCUCUGGAAGUUCCGUGCAGGGGGUCGCUGCCUGGUUCCCCAUGGGUCCCCUCUGUGGCUGCCGCCAAACCUCUCGGGUGCGCUUGCGCGUCUGGCUCUCGGGCCUCAGCAUCCCCCUCACGUCCCACGCUGCUGCGCAGCCUACGGCUCAGCCGUGCUCACCUUUGAUCUGCACACCUGGGCUGUCACAGAUGUGCGUCGGGAUCUGCACAAAACGUGAGGAGGGGCCCAGGGGCUGGUGGGAAAGGGGAAAUCAUGAGGUGAGUCCGCGACACAAAUCCGGUCGUGGUAGGGGUGCCGGCGCGUGCGCACGCGCGCACACACACACACACACAGCAGUCCUGAGUCCACGGGCCUCCCUCUCCCCCCUCAGCACCAUCUCCGACCUGGUGUACUGUAGAGAGGUGGGGGCCAUGGUGACAGCUUCCCGGGACAGCACGGUGAAGGUGUGGGAGGCUGACUGGCAGAUCCGGAUGGUGUUCGUGGGACACACAGGCCCGGUGACUGCGGUGGCCGUGCUCCCGAACACGGCCCUUGUGCUGUCGGCUUCUCAAGACGGGACGCUGCGCACGUGGGACCUGCAGGCAGCGGCGCAGGUGGGUGAGGUGGCGCCGAGCCGCCGGGGCCCGAGCGUGCCGUCGGAGACCGUGAGGCAUCUGCUGGCUCCCGCCGGCCCCGGCUGGCCCUUGCUCGCCUUGCGCUCCCGCAGCGUGGAGCUGUGGCGCGUGCGGGAGCUCUACUCGCCAUUGGCCCAGCUGUCGGCGCCGGUGCUCCACCUGCAGGUGGCGCCGGCGCUGCCCUCGCCCAUGGCCCCGCAAGCGCAGCUGCCCACGCGCCUCGUGUGCGCCUGCGCCGACGGCUCGGUCUACCUGGUGUCGGUCUCCAGCGGACGCACCGUGAGCGCGCUUCUGCUGGAGCCUGAGGACUGCGCGGCCGCCGUGGCCUACUGCCUGCCCCGCGAGGUGCUGUGGCUGAUGACGCGCGCCGGGCACCUGCUGUGUGCCAACGCAGCACGCUGCCCCAUGCGCGUGCUGCACCGCCUGUGCCCGCCGCCGCCCCCGGCGCCCCGGCCUUGCUGCCUGCACCUCUACAGCCACCUCACGGACCCCGGGAGCGCGUUUGCCGCCUGGGAGAUAGUGCGCCAGUACAAGGGCGAGCUGUGCCGCAGUGACGUGGCCGGGGCCUGGAAGGACAAGAACCGGUACCUGCUCGUGGUGGGGCACACUGAUGGCACCCUGUCCGUACUUGAGUUGCGCUCCUCGAAGACGGUCUUCCGUACGGAGGCGCACGGCCCAGGCCCCGUCACCGCCAUUGCGUCCACCUGGAACAGCAUCGUGUCCUCCGGGGGAGACUUGACCGUGAAGAUGUGGCGCGUCUUCCCGUAUGCCGAGGAGAGCCUGAGCCUCGUGCGCACCUUCUCCUGCUGCCGCCCGGCGCUGGUGCUCUGCGCCCUCGGGAAUCGCAUCACCGUGGGCUUCGAGGACCUGAACAGCGCCACCUAUGGCUUGGUGCAGUUUGGCCUGGGCAACAGCCCUCGCUUUGAUCACCGGCCCCAGGAUGACCCCACGGACCACAUCACCGGCCUGUGCUGCUGUCCCACACUCAAGCUGUACGCCUGCUCCAGCCUGGACGGCACCAUCCGCAUCUGGACCGCGGAGAACCGCCUGCUGCGGCUCCUGCAGCUGAACGGUGCCCCUCAGGCCCUGAGCUUCUGCAGUAACAGUGGGGACCUGGUGCUGGCCCUGGGCUCCUGCCUCUGCCUGGUGGCCCACAGGCUCUACCUGCCCACAUCUUACCUGAUUAAGAAGCUGUGCCAGGAUGUCCCUGAUGUGGUGGAUGACCCUCCACUGCCGCUGACCAGCCAGGAGUCGCUGACCUCAGCCCAGCUGCAGAGGCUCGCCAGCCUGCGCGGGGUGGCCAGCCUCAGGUCUGCCAGCAGGCCCAACCGAGCCGUCCCGGAGGCCCCGACCUGGCUCCCCUGGGUCAGGGCCUGGCCGAGUGCUCCCAACCUGAGACCCCAGGGCUCCCAGGCCCCUUGGCCACCCACCGCAAGCCCGUCCCAGUGCCGGCCUUCCCACUCGUGGCUGUUUGUGGUUCCCCGCCAGGGGCCUGGCCACCACCCCGGGUCCCUGGCCCAGCCUCUGCCCUAUCCCACUGGUAUGCCACCCAGUGUCCCACCUGUGUCCUUCCCUGUCUGCAGCGCAGCCUCGUCUUUCAUCCACUGCCCGACGGCCACGCCUCAGCAGCCAGUGUUGGAGAAGGACUUGGAAGCCUUCAUUGCCCGGGACCAAGACCUUCAGCAGCUGAAACUGGGGCUGGUGGGCCCUGCAGCCCGGCCCUCCCCCUCCUGGCAGCAGUGCCAGGAGGCCUUUCAUAACUACCUCCGUCUGAUUUAUGGCCCUGGUCUGCUGGUGAGUGUGGGGCCUCCCCAGUCCCUCCCUUCACCCGGAGCCUCUGACACUGCCCGUCUGCCCUGCCCUCCCUGCCAGGGCAGGUAUUCCGGAGGAGAGUCCCAGCAGUGGAGCACCGUGACCCUCACAGUGGAGAGACAGACCUGGGACGUGUGCGCCCUGCCCAGAGACGUCCCCGAUCUCGGGGGCGUUGAAGCCUCGCCACCACAGGAUCUUGGGACCCUGGGCCAGCGCUUUGCCCGACCACCCCAAGUCCCCUUGCCUCCCCCCACCACCCACCGGAGGUUGCACAGCAGAGCACCCCAGAUCCCCCUGCUGCUGAAGAGGCGGCCCCAGGAGCAUCUCUCCAACCCCAGGGGCUUCUUCCCUGCCGCUGUUCAUCCCUAUGAGUACUGGCGGCGGCCCAUCCGCUUCCCGGGCUGCGUGCCCAACUCGGUGGUGCUGCAGCAGAUGUGGCUGCCUGUGGAGGUCAGCGGCCUCGGAGCCCUGGGCCCGCGCCGCUGCGAGAGCAAGCCUGGAGGGAGCCGGGACGACUCGUGGCUGUCGCGGCAGGAGAAGCUGACCCAGUUGUUGGGAGAGGAGGGGGAGGAGGAGGGCGAGCAGGGUCUGGACUGGGCCUCGGACUCGCAGCGCCGCCACACGCAGCUCUCCGACCAGCUGCCGGAGCAGGAAGCUCAGAGCCCCGAGGGUCGCAUCCCGAAGCCCAUGGGCUCCCGCGAGGACACCGCCAGGGCCGAGACCUGUCUUCACUGCCCCCAGUUCCACUACGGGCACUCGCUCUGGGAAGAGCGCUGCGGGCAUCUGCCUAGGUUCCUGCUUUUUUUCGUCGGCCAGAACUGGUUCAAAAAGCUCUUCCCUAUCUUCACUCUGCAGGCGUACCCCGAGGUGGGCACGGUGGAGGGCCUGGCCUCGCUGUUCCUGGACCUGCUGGACGAGGCCUCUUGGGCAGACCGUGUGCACAUCCUGCACGCGCUGCUGAGGCUGCUGCCCGACGUCAGCAGAGACCUCUGUAGCCGGCUGCACGGCAUCCUCGUGCGCUUGCUCAACCUGGACCAGCCCCCCAGCCUCCAGGAUGCAGAAGCAGUUUGUGAUGCUGGCGCUGCAGCUGCUCCGGGCCUGCUCCCUGGAGUCCCGCGAGGUGGUGCUGGAGCUCCUGUGCUACGUCCUUUACUCGCCAGCCUCCUGCUGGUGAGUUCCGCUCCCUUCCCUCCCUCCUCCCCGCUGCUGCCAGGGAGGCCGCCCAGAAGCCUCCCACGCCUGUACACCUGUCCCAGGCCGGACCUCAGGAAGCUGCUGGAAGGACUCGGCCUUCAGGACCCGCACGGCCUCCUGUUCAAGGAGAUGAUGACCUGGGUCCAGGGCCCGGAGCGCGCCUCCAAGGCCGCACUGCGCAAGCGCUGCUGCCAGAAGCUGGAGGAGAUGGUCGGGCAGCUGAAGCAGAUGGAAACUGUGCCGCCAUCUGUAGACAAGUCGUCAGAGAUGCUGCCCGAGGUCUCAGAGACCUCAGCACUUCACCCUCCUUCGAAGGAGACCCUGUCGCAGAUUUCCAUGGUCUCUGGGGCAACUGUUCAUAUCUCUGUGAUGCCCUCAAGCGUCUCCCGGACGCCCUCACCGGUGGUCUCACCCGGAGAGCUGGACUUGGCCGCCCUGGAGUUGCAGGCCCAGCAGACGCUUGCACAGAUGCGCUUUGGGCGGACCCAACGUGCACUGUCUGGGACACUGACGCACUUCUGCCCCUUGCCUGAGGCCCACUUGGGAUCCUCCGCGCCAGCUGCACUGCCUGAUGAGCCACUGCCUCUGGAGCAGACGACCUGGUCACAGUCAAAAAUGCUGGACCUGGGGCCCAUCAACGCACUCAACUUCUUCUGCGAGCAGCGUGGGGCUCGGCAGCAGGACCCCCUGCAGGAGGAGCCCAAGACCCCGCCCCCUCGCCCGCCCCCACGGACGCCCAGCAUGGUGGUGCCACAGCCCCGGGAACCCCGGCACUACUCCAUCCUCCGGCUUCAGGAGGCCAAGGUCCAGAGGUCUCCAAUGAAACUGAGGGGCCGAAUGCUGUCCCGGCUCUGGGAGGGCCGCACCCUGGAUGGUGCCGUCCGGACGCUGAAGCUGCCACUGCCCCGGGUGGAACUGCAGCCUUUCCCCCCAGACUGGCCCAGGCCGGCCCAUCCGCUGCCCCCGCAGCUCCUGCAGCCUGCCCUGCAACGCUACUUUCUGCCAGAUGACGCGGACCCUGACAGCUACAGCUGAGCUGGCUGGUGACCCUGGCCUGACCUUGCCUCCCCCUUUUCCCUCCAGCGUGGAGUCAGGACAUGGCUCUCCAGCCGGCUGUUCACCCCAGCCAAGGCCCAGGGCCCGAAUAAAGUCCAGAGGCCACGGCCAGCUCACUUUCACCUUUGGGGGCCCCUGAUGUGGGCGAGGGGGGGGUCUGGCUGGUGUGUCACGAACCUGCUGGUGGCCAGCUGCACGUGUGAGGCAGGAGCUGGGGGACUGGUGGGGUCUGGGAUGGGACAGGGUCUGGGCUCGGGUCAGCACGUGGUAGAGCAGCGUUCUCGGUGCGGGAGGGCCUGUCUGCCCAGAGAGGGAACCUGCCGCACGGGCGUGGCCCUGCUCAGGCACUCAGCCACGGUGCUCAGGAGGGGAGGGGGAGACUAACGGGUGGGCCGGGGAGAGGGGAGGGUCUGGGUGGUCGCAGGUGUGUGGGGAGGAGCUUGCAGUCAUUUGAUGCAGGUGAAACCAGGAGUCGGUCGGAGCUUUGCUACCUUUAGGCUGGAAAGGAGAAAAAUUAAGGAAGAGGCCCCGUCUGCUUUAUCCGAGAAGCAGUAAAGGGGCAGUGUUCUCUGGACCUUUCAACCUAAAAGUCACCAGGAGAUUCACCUUGUCUGUGAAGCACGGGGUCUCGGGGCCUCGGCCUUCUUCUGAACUGCCGUGACCUCAAAGGGCACUGACCCAACCACACGUGGAGCCCACGUGCGCACUUACUAGGACGGCUUUUGUGACGGGCCUGUUCUAGCUUUCUGUAUCCUGCUGCUGGGUUGCCUGCGCAGCGACCUCUUUCCUGUAUUUUCAGCCUCUGACUUUGCGCGUUUCUGCUCAAUGGCUUUGUGGUUAAAAUUGGUCUCCCACACCUUUCCCACAGCCCCUAACCUGCGCAGGGGCUCUUGUCACAGGGCUGCUGAGUGGGCCGCUCUUUCCUAGGCCAAGGAGGGCCAGCAGUGCCAGGUCCAGAUAACUGAAAAACUUGACGUUUUUAUAAAAGGAACUGUACCUGCUACAACAAGGACUGAGGCCCAUAGUAGUCUGCAUCUACUGGUGUUUCUAUGUUUCGAAUUACAGAAGCAAUAAAUGCUUUAAAAAAUACA